AUGGAAACCACAAGGCCCAGCCAAGAUGGCCAACGGCACUGCGGCUGGGCACUGCGGCUAUUGGGGCAACAGACUGAUGGUGACUGGGCAGCAGCCUUCCAGACGAAAUUCAACACCGUAUGCUGGCGAUUCUGGGAGCGACUAGAGAAGAAGAGCCAACCUCCUGCUCCGACAAUAGUCAAAACGGCAUCUCGGCACCAGGCACCCUCUCGUACCAAGCCGUGUCACUCAGAUGCACCCUCAACACCGCAGAAGCAGGCAAACCCCGGGACUGCGGAACAGCGGAGAUCUAACUCGCCACCGGUACACCCACAAGCACUGCCCGUACAAGACAACACAAGCAGGCAACACCGAGGGGGUCCCUUUGCGGCACUGCAGAGAUCAUUCAGGGGCAAAGGCCGCCCGACACCAACACACCGGACCCAUGCAGCAGCCUUACGGGUACACCCGAGCCUACCUCACUGA